AUGGCUGAGGAAAGCAGGCAUGGAAAUAUCAUUGUGGCAUCAAACCGUAUUCCAGCGACAAUCAGAAAGGAUAAAAAUGGCACAUACGGAUACACAAUGUCUUCUGGAGGUUUGGUCACUGCUUUACAAGGUCUGAAAAGAUCAUUUCAAUGGUUCGGUUGGCCCGGUAUGUCUGUAGAUGGAGAAGAUGAAAAGCAUAUAAUCGAAAAGGAUUUGAAAGAAAGAUUCAAUUGCUAUCCAGUAUGGUUAACUGAUGAAGUGGCAGAUCUCCAUUAUAACGGUUUUUCAAACUCCAUCCUAUGGCCAUUGUUCCAUUAUCAUCCAGGAGAAAUGAACUUCGAUGAUGCCGCGUGGGCGGCAUAUAUUGAAGCUAACAAGCGUUUUUGCGAAGAGAUCAUGAAAUAUUUGCAUGAUAACGAUCUCAUAUGGGUUCAUGAUUAUCACCUUAUGCUUCUGCCUUCCAUAUUGAGGGAGGAGAUCAAAAGAAAGCAUUUGAAAAACAUUAAAAUUGGAUUUUUUCUCCACACGCCUUUCCCAUCCAGUGAAAUAUAUAGGGUGUUACCUGUGCGUACUGAAAUCCUUCAAGGAGUCCUGGGGUCCGAUCUCAUAGGUUUCCAUACGUACGACUAUGUCCGUCAUUUCCUCAGCUCAAUUGAGAAAAUCUUGAAGAUACGGACAAAUCCAAGGGGUGUAUAUUAUAAUCGACGGCAGGUGGUGAUAGGUGCAAACCCAAUUGGAAUUGAUGUGGACAAGUUCACCCGGGGCCUAAAGCAGGAAAGUGUACAAAGCAGGAUACAGCAAUUAAAGAGGAGGUUCGGCCCGAAUACCAAGCUCGUUGUCGGCGUUGAUCGCCUAGAUUACAUCAAAGGAGUACCUCAAAAAUUGCAUGCGUUGGAUGUGUUCCUAGACAAGCAUCCGGAAUGGGUUGGCAAGGUUGUGUUGAUACAAAUAGCAGUACCUUCUAGGCAAGAUGUGGAAGAGUAUCAAAAUUUGCGAACUGGUGUUAAUGAGCUUGUGGGGAGGAUCAAUGGACGAUACGGCACCGUUGAAUUUGUACCGAUACAUUUUCUUCACAAGUCAGUCAGUUUCAACGAACUUAUAUCUGUUUAUGCUGCCAGCGAUAUAUGUCUAGUUUCAUCAACAAGAGAUGGAAUGAAUUUGGUCAGCUUCGAAUAUAUAGCGUGCCAGCAGAAAAAUAAAGGGUCCCUAAUACUAAGUGAGUUUGCUGGUGCAGCUCAAUACCUAAAUGGGGCAAUAAUAGUGAACCCGUGGAAUACGGAAGAGCUGGCAAAUGCGAUUUACGAGGGACUGACCCUGAGCAAAGAAAAACGAAAUGCCAACUUUACGAAAAUGUUCAAAUACAUAAGUAAAUAUACUGCCAGCUAUUGGGGAGAGAACUUUGUUAAGGAGUUGUCCAAUUCAUAA